UGGGGGGAGCCGGAGAUUGUGACUGAAACCCGGAUCGGCAGGAUAAGUAGGAGAGAGUCCUCGGGGGAUCCCUGACAUCCAGAGCCAGACUGCACAGCCCAGGGGGGAAUGAUGAACAGGUUCAGAAAGUGGCUGUACAAACCCAAGAGGUCAGACCCGCAGCUUCUUGCCCAGUUUUACUAUGCAGACGAAGAACUUAACCAGGUGGCGGCAGAGCUGGACAGUUUGGAUGGGAGGAAAGAUCCUCAGAGGUGUACUCUCCUAGUCAACCAGUUUCGAUCAUGUCAGGAUAACGUUUUGAAUAUAAUAAGCCAGAUCAUGGAGGAAUGUAUUCAACACGAGCGCGCAAACAGAGAUUUUUGUGUAAAGUUUCCAGAAGAGAUUCGGCAUGAUAACCUCGCGGGACAGCUCUGGUUUGGAGCGGAGUGUUUGGCUGCUGGCUCAAUCAUUAUGAAUCGGGAAAUAGAAAGCAUGGCUAUGAGACCUCUAGCCAAAGAUUUAACCAGAAGCCUUGAAGAAGUCCGAAACAUAAUCCGUGACCAGGCUCUCAGGGAUCUCAACAUGUACACGGACAAAAUGAAAGAGUCCCUUAGACAUUUUGAUGUUCUCUUUGCAGAAUUUGAACUAAGCUAUGUUUCAGCCAUGGUACCUGUAAAAUCCCCAAAAGAGUACUACGUCCAGCAGGAGGUUAUUGUUUUGUUCUGUGAAACUGUAGAAAGAGCCUUAAAGCAUGGUUACCUCACCCAAGACAUGAUUGAUGAUUAUGAACCAGCAUUAAUGUUUACAAUCCCAAGACUAGCCAUCGUGUGUGGGCUUGUUGUUUACUCUGAAGGACCACUUAACCUCGAUCGCAAACCAGAAGACAUGUCAGAACUUUUUCGUCCUUUCCACACAUUGUUAAGAAAAAUAAGAGAUCUUCUUCAGACCUUAACGGAAGAAGAAUUACACACGUUGGAGAGAAACCUGUGCAUAUCACAGGAUAUGGAGUUUCCAGCCAAUUCAGACCCCGAAGUGCCCUCUGCAAUUUCUCCUGUCUUAGUGACUGCCUUACCAACCGAGGAACCACUGACCGCAAACGCUGAUAAUACAGAGGCAGAACUUGCCUGCUCCAUGCAGUAUGAUGAACAAGAGCUGGAGGAGCUAAAUAUGAUGGUUCAUAGAGUAGGGGAUGAGAUGUCUUCUUUACUUUCUCCACCAAGUGUUUGCCAGUCUCCUGCUCACAGGGCUAACUCUAGUACGGAGGCCUCCCCAUGCAGACGCCCCUUGAAUAACCUUGUUGAUGAGGAGGAUAGGGUAUUUUUCAUGGAGGAUCUUGAUUUAGCAAGUGACAAUCUGGUUAGGCAGAGGUCUUGUGAAAAUACCAUUGCAUGGGUGAACAGCAAUUGCUACACUACCGAGCGACCAUCACAGGACUGCAUCACACAGAAGGAUGAGGUGGACAAUACCGAUACUUUGACAGACACAGAAAGCGAUUUAAGCAAUAACAAUACUAUCAAUGGCAGUAAAAUUCAGAUGGCUAGCACAUCUCUACAGAACUCUUGUAGCUGUUUAGAGGUUACAGAUUCACAGUUAUACCUCAAUGGGUGGGAUGUAAAUGGAGAUGAUGCAGAAACUGCGGAAAUGAUAGCCCACAGGACAGGUGGAAUGAAGAUAUCUGCCACUGUUAUAUUUAAUCCCAAAUCCCUUACAAAUUCACUUUCAUCGGAAACCUCACCGGAUUUAGCCGGUAGUCGAGUUCCCAUUGCUUCAGAUCCGUUGACCGGUGAUGAAGAGGAUGAGUCCCAUAAGCUCAGUAUAGCAGCCACUAACUGUUUAAUUAACUCUUGUGUAUGCUGUGGGAGCUGUGACGACUCCAGGGAGGAGAGCUUAGAAGGUUUGAGGAAUAUUCAUUCUCCAGGUAAAGUUAUCAAUGCUUCCUACAGCUUAAUAAAGUCCAAAGAACUGGGCCACCUAGAAAGACCAGACUGUACAAUGUCUGCCAGUGAGGCAUUAAAGCUGGAAAGUCCCCCCGUGUUGUUAUUAGAGAGAGACACAAGUAGACAGGAACAAAGAUAUCCCAACUCAAAGUGCCUGGCACACAACUCGGGUUCACAGCUAGGAACUGACAGUGAAUCAGAGGAGACUGUGAGCGUUUCAAGUCAGCAAAGGAAACGAGAGUCAAAAAGGCAGCCAAAUGAGAGCACAGAAGGACAAUCACACAGACCGGAUGAACCAAGCUCCGACAUAGCAGCAAAACUAGAUAUGAAAUCUGUGUCCAGUUUUCAGGAUGGCAUGCACGAGUCUCCCCUCAACUCCAUCUCCAGCAGUGACUAUGAGAGUGUCUCUGUCACUACAUGUAGUAGCAUCUCCAGCAUAUAUACACUGAGCAGUGGCAGGACCAGCUCUUGCUCAUCAGACGACAUUGAUCAGGAGGAAAUUCAGUUGGCCCUUCAGGCUGCAAAAAUUGCUUCCAGACAGAAGAUCAGAUCCCGUUUUCACAGCAGUAAUGAUCUCAUUCACAGGCUUUUUGUGUGCAUCUCAGGUGUUGCUGAUCAGUUGCAGACAAACUAUGCAAGCGACUUAAGAAGUAUAUUAAAAACUUUGUUCGAGGUCAUGGCUACCAAGCAGGAAAUAGAUGACAAAGGGAAACAGAAGAAAGUGAAUCAGGGUUUGCGGAGUGCAGCCCUGGAAGAUUGUGCUCUCUGCCAAGAAACCAUUUCUUCCUCAGAAUUAGCUGCGAAAGCUCGAGAUGGAGAAUUUGAAGAUCCUCCUGAAUGGGUACCCGAUGAGGCCUGCAAUGUAUGCACUGCUUGCAAAGCUCCGUUUACCGUCAUCCGCAGGAAGCACCACUGCCGGAGCUGUGGCAAGAUCUUUUGUUCUCGCUGUUCUUCCCAUUCGGCUCCGUUACCACGAUAUGGGCAGAUGAAGGCAGUUCGGGUCUGUACGCACUGUUACAUAUUUCACGUCACCCCGUUUUACAGUGACAGGGCUGCCAUCUGACACACCAUAAAACACUCACUCCGUUGGGCCUUAGGUGGACUCUCUUGUGACAUUCAACCUAAGCCACGAAUUAUCCUGGAAAAGAAAAGGAUUUUUUUUUUCGGCACAGUGCAGGAAGCAUGUGGGCUUUAAUUUAAACAUUAAUGUUUGUACAGAGAGUUUUGAUUGUGUUUUCCUAAGCUGCUAUAAAGAAUAAAAUGUCUGCAGACCUCUGCUUCAGUACAGUCUUCCAAAAGACCCCGCUCCAAUAUAACAAAUGCCAUUAAACAGAUGCAAACUACUUCACAGAGAGGAAUAGGGCUACGAGAAUACAUUCACUCCAUCACUGCUUACCUUAAACAUGAGCGGCGUAAUGAAUGAUUGUUCGUCUCUCACAGCAGCAAGCUGAGACAUCUCAUCUCGUCACAUACGGACUGUGCUAAAACACGUAAAUGUUGCAUUUUUAUUCCUGUAAGAUCCGGAUCACUUGUCUCCUUUUGGGUAGAAACAAAUUAGACAUCCUUGUGUUGGAUCAAGUAAAAGUAGUUCCCGGGUCCAAUUGCCGCCCCAGCUGUUGAUGGAUUUAAGAUAUUGAGACCAUAAGUCCCCUUAAAACUCUGGCAGAGAAUUAUAGGAGUUGCGGUCUAACAUAUAGAUAUGUAUUGUUUGUAUGUUACAGAGCAGUGUUUGAAUACAUGGAGAGACGGUUCUGCAGUUAAAUUUGGUAUAGCAUUUUGAUAUAAUUUUAUUUUUUUAUUUAAUUUUAAUCACAGCAAUAAUUUGGUGCGGUAAGCACUGGAUAUAUGGAGAUAUUUCUUACGCCCUCACAGUCUCCCUUCAUUUGUUGUACAUCCUCAUAUUCUUCCAACACCCAGCAUUCCAAAAUCACUUCUAUAUAACCAUCUAAGUAAUGUCUGGGUGACGUGCCGCUCCUGGCCAGACAGACCAUCACCCUGGAUCUCAUCUUACUUACAUACAUAGGUAUAUGGCAGACCUCUUAAAGGGGAUUCACAACAACUGAAACAUCAGUCUAAUUAUAAAAAAUGCCUUCACUAAGUGCCAGCGGGGGAGCAUGCCAUAACACACAGACAUCAAUAUUGUUUCAGCCCCAAAUAGUUAAAAAAUUAAUAAUAAUUUAAAAGCUGGGUUUUCGUAAAAUAAUUACU